AGUUUCAACGGACAUUCGUUGAAGUAGUCGCGUUCGAUCUGCUGCUUCUCACGGACGCUCCAAAAUUGUUGCAGCGUGUACGCAACGAAUCACGUGCAUCUCAAGCCCGCGGAUGGACUAUCGAAACAGUAUUGCGUCUGAAAGUGUAUCGUGUUUAUCUCAAUUUCGUUUCUAACACAUUUGUAACGACGACUUUUUACAUAAUGCAAAUCGAACGCAACAAAAUAUUUGUGGUGAUCAUAUAUGUGUUACUAAAUAAGAUUACGUCAUAUGUUGCUGUGGAGCCCUCGAAGAUAAAUCUGAAAAAUCAUGCUGCAACUAAACGUUCAUCUGAUUAUUACAUAUUUUCAUCAAAUGAAAAAUCGAGCUUGGAUUUUGGCGCUGCUGUGGAUGAUAAAUUGCUAGAUGAUGACCCUCUCUACAGUGCUCGAUAUUUUACGGAAUUUCAUAACACUGACAACAAGUGCAGUGUCGAUAAGUUUGCUUUCAACAAUGAGGGUACCGUAACAUAUGAACAAAGCUUGCCAGCACUGGAACAAUUUACUCUGUGCGCAUGGACACGUUUCACUAAUCACACCGGAGAUCACACUAUCAUUACAUACGCAGUUCAAAACGAAUCACGAGAGAUACAAUUAUGGAUUGCUAAUGCACGAGGCAUGAGUUUCAUUAGCUUAGCUGUACAUGGACAAUCACUAUUCAGACUGAACUACCCAUUUAGAAUGAGGAAAUGGCAUCAUAUUUGUGCUUCGUGGAAUGGGAAAACUGGAGAAUGGCAAUUGUGGAUUAAAGCAGAAAGAAUUGGACGAGGAUUCCAUAAUCGAUUGGUGGACUACAGCAUAAAACCAAACGGUAAACUUUUCUCUGGCGGUCCUUCAAUCACGGGUCCAAUUGAUACAGAUUUACAUUUUGAAUUGACCAUGGUACACAUUUAUAAGGUCGCGUUAAGUGCUGGCAAAGCGCAUCGAGACCAUAAGCAUCACCACGUUCACCAUUUCGACCAUAACGGAGGAGAAGUCACACCGAAUCCACCUACGACUGCAUCACAGAUAGCACCGCAGCCAUUGAAUCCUUCGCUAGCGAGUGGCCAUAUACCUACAAGAGUCGAGCUCAAUAUUCCCGAACGUAAUCCCCAACCUCCAGGAAAUUUGGGCAUACCUGUGAAAGGUCUACCAUCACAACUGAUUGAUGGUUCACUGCCAUCGGAUGCAGCAACAAUCACAACACAGUUUGUAAGUGGUCAGUUCCACGUAGGUGAACGCAAUUUGCAACAGCAGCUGGUCAUUGGGAAUAUUUUGGGAAAAAUAAAACCAGAGGACAGUGCUCUUCCCAAAACGCAUAGCAGUAUUAUUUUUCCUGAGGAAAUUAUCCCAAGAAGACACACUUCAUAUAUUGACCUCAACAGUCCAGCUAAUGUUCGAAUUAUAGAGACAACUGGCCCAAAAGCCGUUAUAAAACGUGAAGUUAAUCCAGAAAAAUUAAAGAAGCGUGGAUUGGUAUUGCUUGGAGAUGGCACUAUUAUUGAUAAUGAAACCGAUAAAAAUAGUGAGUAUAUAUUCGAUGGAUUAGCUGAAUUUGGACAACCAGAAUUCAAACAUAAACUCGGCAAAGAAACUGACAUUGAAGGGGAAAUACGUGAACACGAUAAGGAGCCCGCCGAAGGUGAAGUAGCAGCGGUUAUGAAUUUAUGUACAAAAUGCGACAAUGAACCGUUCGUUGGAGCAAUUGUUUUCGCGUGGAAAAACAUCCGAAUACACAUGGAAGAUACACUGAAGGCUAAAGCAUCCGUGAUCUGUGGAGAAUUUUGAAGAUUUAGCUUUUUAUUAAUCCAGAGUACUUGACUUAACUAUUAAGUAUGAUACUUCUAAUACUCAUGAUGCAUUUUUUAAAUUAUAUGAUUUUAAUUUUUUAAUUAUAAACAAAUAAAUAAUAUUGUUGGUGAUAACGCAGAGGAAA